UUCAACCAGACACAUUCUUGUAACGUCACUAAAGUCAUGUCUAAACAUGAGGAAACAACACCUGACAAACAGCUGCAGGAGGAGGAGCAACACAGGAGGAAGGAGAGCUUCACCUCACACUGCAGAAGUGAAAGUAAAGUUUGUCAGAGUGGAGCCACGCUGCAGUCGAGACAAGUCUCAGUUUCUCUCUAAAACAAACUGAAGUCAUCAGAUCUUUGUCAACAACACAGCAGAGUCUCUGCCAAACACUGAUAUGGCUGCUGCAAACUAUCUGCAAUCUGAAGACCAGUUCCUGUGCUCCAUCUGUCUGGAUGUGUUCACUGAUCCUGUCACCACAUCAUGUGGACACAACUUCUGCAAAAACUGUAUCAAUGCACACUGGAAUACUAAUGACCAGUACCUGUGUCCGAUGUGUAAAAAGGUUUUCAGCACAAGACCUGAGCUCCAUGUCAACACUUUCAUCUCUGAGAUGGUUGUUCAGUUCAGAGAGUCAGAGCAACAGAAAACCAGCAGCAGCAGCAGGUCAGAGAAACAAGUUGCCAAACCAGGAGAAGUUCCCUGUGACGUCUGCACUGGAACCAAACUGAAGGCUCUGAAGUCCUGUCUGGUGUGUCUGACCUCCUACUGUGAGACUCACCUGGAGCCUCAUCUCACAGCGUCAAGGCUGAAAAGACAUCAGCUGAUCGACCCUGUGGAGAAUCUGGAAGACAGGAUGUGUACGAAGCACGAUAAACCUCUGGAGUUGUUCUGUAAGACCGACCAGACAUGUGUCUGCAUGCUCUGCACUGUGUUAGACCACAAGAUGCAUGAUGUUGUUUCUCUGAAAGAAGGAUAUGAAGGAAAGAAGGCCGAGCUACAGGCUGAAAUUCAGCAGAUGAUUCAGAAGAGACAACUGAAGAUCCAGGAGAUCAAACAGUCAGUCGACCUCAGUGAAAAAGAUGCAGACAGAGAGGUGGCAGAAGGUGUUCAGGUCUUCACUUCUCUUAUGGAGUCUGUUGAGAGAGGACUGGAUGAGCUCAUCGACACGAUCAAGGAGAAGCAGAAAGCAACAGAAAAACGGGCCGAAGCUUUCAUCAAAGAGCUGGAACAUGACAUUUCUGGGCUGAAGAAAAUAGGUACUGAGGUUGAGCAGCUCUCAUGUUCCGAAGACCAACUCCACCUUCUCCAAAACUUUCCGUCGCUGAAAGUAGCUCCACCCACCAAGAACUGGACAAAGGUCAGAGUCCCGCCAUCAUAUGAGGGAACUGUGCUGAGAGCUGUGGCUCAGCUGGAGGAGACACUCAGUAAGAAAAUGAGGAAGCUGCUUGAAGCUGAGCUGAAGAGGGUCCAGAAGUAUGCAGUGGAUGUGACGCUUGAUCCUGAUACAGCAAAUCCUGAACUCAUCCUGUCUGAUGAUGGGAAACAAGUGAGUCAUGGUGAUGUGAAGAAGAAUCUCCCCAACUACCCAAAGAGAUUUUCUUAUUGUAAUUGUGUUUUAGGAAAGCAGAGUUUCUCAUCAGGCAGAUUUUACUUUGAAGUUCAAGUAAAAGGAAAGACUGGAUGGGAUUUAGGAGUGGCCAGAGAAUCGAUCAACAGGAAGGGAGACAUCAGACUUUCACCUGAGUUUGGUUACUGGACUAUAUGGAUGACAAAUGAAAAGGAGUAUGAAGCUCUUGAUGCCCCUUCAGUCCUUCUCUCUCUGAAGUCUCAGCCUCAGAAGGUGGGGGUGUUUGUGGAUUAUCAGGAGGGUCUGGUCUCCUUUUAUGACGUAGAUGCUGCAGCUCUCAUCUACUCCUUUACUGGCUGCUCCUUCACUGAGAAACUCUUCCCGUACUUCAGUCCUGAUUGUAAUGAUGGCGGUGAAAACUCCGCCCCUCUGAUCAUCUCUCCUGUCAUUGUAAGACGUUUUAUUAUAUGCAUCCCAUAACACCGGCAACACGUUAAUUUAUUGCAUUUCUCUCUUCAAACCUGCACCAUGACACAAAUGAUGGAAAUAUCUAUUUAAACCCACAGACAUUUGUUUUUCCUUUACAGGGUCUCAGGGGGCCUGAGCUGAUCCCGGGGCCGAGGAACAUCUGGGACCGGUUAACAACUUAUAACAAAAGGUGACACCGAGAGAAGCCAAAAGACCGGGAGAAGACUUGCGCUGCCGCUGAAAAGGGGAGCACAUGGUCGGUGGAUUUGAACCCAAAACCCACUCGCCUUGAGGCUGUAGUACUAACUGCACCCGUGUGCCGCCCCAAGAUUAGAUGGCAACAGUAAUGUAAACUGUAAAACAAACUAGUUACAAGGAAUCAGUAAGCAGUGACUUGAGCACCAAACAGAAAAUCCUAGUUUACACAUAAAUUGUAUUUGUACAGUUUAUUGUUAUAAUCCUUAAGAUUUCAGUCCUGGUUGAUUUGGCGACACCUCUGGUUCCUGGUGAAAAAAGCAAGUGUGGUUUAAUACAACCGCAAAGCAACUUGAGCAACUGCUUAGUCAGAACUACAACAGAAGAGCAGCUGCAGCAAAAAUAGACCAGGAGCAUAGAAAUAGAGCAGAGAAAAGAGUCUCUGCUCAAGCAUCCAGUGGACAUCAGCACACUGGGCAGAAAAGGCAGCAGAUUGUUUUCAGCAGCCUCAAAAAAAGCCAAAUGUGACACAACCAUGUGUGCUGGCUAUUGGGGGAGAAAGAUUUUCAACCCGGACAUAUUCGUUCUUUAAAAACACCUCUGGAUUAGAUCGUCUAAGACGCAUUAAAAGAUGCCCGGUGGCGUUUUCUUGUUAACAAAGGUUGUGUUUCUGUGGUAUUUGUUAAAACAAGUUGUGUGCGAUUCAUUUAUUUCCUGUAGAAAACAUUUGCAAAGCCGAUUUCUGUUAAUACUUCUCACGUUGCAUUGUUUACAUCCAUGUUUACUGGUUGCAGUCUUCUACUGCAUGCCGCCCACAUCCUUGUGUACUUGUAAGACACAAACAAAAUCACGACCCACUUGUAAAUACAAGACUCCACAGCGCCUCUGGUGGGCACCAACUCCACAGGGUACCUUUCAAUGUAAAUUAUACCUUUUUUUGUAUGCUUAUAAAUUACAAUAAUUGUUCAAAA